AAAAUGAAAAUAUUCAAAAGAUAGACUCGAGCUGAAUAUUACUUAUGUAGAUAAGGAAUGAUGGGCAUAAAAUGAUAGUCCUCAAUUCACACCACUAUCCUCCCGUCCCUUCUUCUCCGGCAGCCACCUUCCGUCUCAUUGCCUUCACCACCCCGCAAAACUACGCCGGAAGGCUUUCUCACUUCAUUCGACUCAAGGGCUGGGGUCCUCUCUGGUGUCCCACCCUCGCCGUCGAGCCCACCCCACAAACCAUUUCCGCCGUUCAACACUUCUUUCUCACACCCAAUCCCCCUCUCCACUAUUUCUCUGCCGUAGCAUUCACCUCCAGAACCGGAAUCGCAGCCUUCGCGGAAGCCUUGGCGGGUAUCGAUAAGCCUCCGUUAGGCCCGACGCCAAGUGGGCUGGUGGAGUCGUUGGGAAUGGGCAGAGGGAGGAAGGUUUUGUGCCCUGCGCCACUCGUAAUAGGAUUGGAAGAGCCGCCGGUGGUGCCCAAAUUUCUGGCGGAUCUAGGCCGGAAGGGGUGGGUUCCCGUUAGAGUGAACGCGUACGAGACGCGAUGGCGCAGUGGCGUGGCGGAGCUGGUGGAAAUGAUGGAGGAGGAGUGUGGAGUAGACGCCAUUGUUUUCACGAGUACCGCAGAGGUGGAGGGGCUGUUGAAGAGCUUGGGAGAAGUGGGACUGGAUUGGGAGAUGGUGAGGCGGAUGUGUCCGAGGAUGGUAGCGGCGGCGCACGGGCCUGUGACGGCGGCGGGGGCGGAGAAAUUGGGUGUGGGGAUUGAUGUGGUGAGCUCCAGGUUUGAUAGUUUUGAAGGCGUUGUGGAUGCACUGGAGUACAGGUGGAAGUCCUAUGAAUGUUAGAUUUUUACCAAUAAUAAUAAUUAUUUAAUAACAAAGAAAAAAAUGAAUUAUUUUAUUUAAUAUAA